AGUCGUUGUCAGAGUACAAUGUUAAGAAUAUAAAGCAAAUAGCUCCUAUCAGCUGGCAUAACUUGGUGAGAACACAAGCGCAGAGAGAGAGUUGAAGAUGAGUAACAAUACAAACAUGGUGCCUGAAUCUUAUCCAAUGAACGGCGGAGAUGGCAGUAAUAGCUAUACCAAAAACUCCUACUUCCAGAGGGCAGGUACAAAUGCUGUGAAGGCAAUAAUUGAUGAUGUAAUUGCGGAGAAGCUUGAUGUAGAAAAACAAAUUUCUAGUUCAAAGAGCACACUCCGCAUAGCAGAUUUGGGAUGUUCAGUUGGGCCAAAUACCUUCAUUGCUAUGCAAAAUAUAAUAGAUGCUGUGCAACAAAAGUACCAAUCCCAUGGCUUUGCUUCUCAUAUGCCUGAAUUUCAAGUGUUCUUCAAUGAUCAUACAUCCAGUGAUUUUAAUACCCUCUUUGCCUCUCUCCCACCAGAAAGGCCAUACUUUGCAACUGGAGUGCCAGGGUCUUUCCAUGGUCGGCUAUUCCCUGAUUUCUCUCUCGAUUUUGUGCAUUCAUCUUUUGCACUCCAAUGGCUCUCUAAGGUGCCAGAAGAGCUGCUAAAUAAGAACUCUGCUGCAUGGAACAAGGGGAGGGUUCACUAUGCAAGUGCCCCAGACGAAGUAGCUCAAGCUUAUACAGCCCAAUUUGCUAAGGACAUAACAACCUUUUUAGAUGGUAGGGCUAAAGAGCUUGUUGUGGGUGGACUAAUGGUGCUUAUUAUGCCAGGAAUUCCAAAUGGGAUUCCUCAUUCUAGUUCAGCAACAGGAUUGAUGUUUGAUUUCCUGGGACACUGCCUCAUGGAUAUGGCAAAGGAGGGAUUAAUUAGUGAAGUUCAGGUGGACUCCUUUAACUUGCCUAUUUAUGUUGCCUCACCCAAGGAGAUGACGCUACUGGUGGAAAGAAAUGGGUGUUUUAGCAUUGAAAGAAUGGAGAUAACACAACCUUGUGCAAGAGUUGAUGAUCUCAGUGGCCAGGCAUGCACGAUGCACCUAAGAGCUGGCAUGGAGGGUAUAAUAAGCAAACAUUUUGGAACUGAGAUUAUUGAUGAACUAUUUGAUCGAUACUGUAAGAAACAUGGAGAGAUUAUCGGCCUAUUGGAGUCAAAACUCAAUGAAGGAAAUCAACUGUUUAUUGUUUUGAAACGCAUAUGAUGUGGCUUUGGAAGCACGUCUAAGACUUCUUAUUGUCACAAAUUUGCAUAUGCAUCGGCACAAAUUUUAUUUCAUUGUCAAAAAGGAAACUUUGAUAUUAGCUACAAAUAAAGGUCCAUAACAAUAGGGACUUAACCA